UCAUGAAGAUUUUGUUUUCUACCAGGACAAGCUGAUGGCAUAUGUGUUCUACUGUUCUUCUGCUUCAUAAAAAGGGUCAUAUUUGUAAUUCUUUACAUAAUGUUUACAUUAAGGUUAGAAAUAUAAGGGAGAAGACAAAGGAAAAAGGGUCAGAGGGACUGUCCCAUAUAAAAAAACAUUUCCUGAAUGUGUCACCAGCAGAACUUGUCUUUGGUAUUACAGUGUUUAAUCAUUAAAUUUUGCUUUCAAACCCCUCCCACAAAUUCUUUAUAAAAGGAGCAUCAGCUGAGUUUGCAGCCUGAUUAGAAGAAAUCCUCCCAGGAUCUUUUGGUUACGUUUUUCUGUUUUCCAGGUUUGGAAAUGGUGGAUUACAAAGUUACUGUGUACACCCAAGAUGUCGCUUUAGCGGGCACAGUAGACAACAUCUAUGUGACCCUGGUGGGCACAAGUGGUGAAAGUGAACACACGAAACUCAAAAAACUGCUCCAUAAGUUUUCCAGAGGAGAUGUGUCUUCAUUCACUGUGACCUGCUCUGACGACAUUGGUGAUCUGCAGAUGAUAAAGAUACAGAAAAAAGCUUUUCUUCACAUAAACUCUUGCUGGCUCCCCGGUAAGGUGGAAGUGGAAUCUCCCAUUGGAAAGAUGUACACUUUCCCCAUCUACCACUGGUUUACUGACAGUAACAUGAACAUCUUCAGAGAAGGAGCGGCUCUGCUGGGGUCUCAGGAUAAUAAUUCAUACCUUCGGGAGAAAGAAAAGAAGAAGCAACAGGACACCUACAUCUGGGACACUUAUAAGAAAGGAAUUCCUCACUGUGUGAAGGCUGACACCCUGAAAUCCCUACCUCCAGAUGAUUGCUUCUCCUCACAUAGAACUGCAGAGUUCAUGUGCACUGCAGUUGCAGGGAUCAUAGAGCUGGAACUGGAGGAGUUUGCUGAAUGCAAAAAAAAGUGGACAAGCAUUGAGGACAUAGAGCACCUGUACAGGUGUCAUAUCACCAACAUGUCUGACUAUGCCAUGAAGCACUGGCGUGAAGAUGCAUUCUUUGGUGAGCAGUUCCUGAACGGUCUUAACCCCAUGUUGAUCCGACUAUGCAAAAGCCUGCCAGCCAACUUCUCUGUCAGCAAGGACAUGGUCUUCCAGGGUGGUCAGUGCUCUCUAAGUUCUGAGAUGGAGAAUAACAACAUAUUCCUGUGUGACUACAAGAUUCUGGAUGGAGUGCAACCAAACACCAUCCAAGGAGUGAAGCAGUACCUAACGGCUCCCCUUGUUCUGCUCCACAGGAAUGGUGAUAAGAUGAUGCCAAUCGCUAUUCAGCUGAAGCAGAAACCUGGGAAGGACAACCCCGUCUUUCUCCCCACUGAUAAGGAUGACUGGCUGUUGGCUAAAGUGUUUGUGAAAAGUGCAGAUUUCAACCUGCAUGAGCUCAACUUUCACCUGUUGCGCUCUCAUUUGCUGGCGGAGGUUUUUACAGUUUCCACCAAGCGCAACUUCCCCAGAGUACACCCCCUGUUCAAGCUUCUCAUGCCUCACACACGCUACACUCUGCAGAUCAAUGUCUUGGCCCGAAAACUUCUCAUAUCAAAGGAGGGAGUUUUCACAAAGUUCACAGCUUCUGGAGGAAGUGGCGUGUGGACCAUCCUGAAGAGGUCUUUCGCUGACAUGACAUACAGGUCCCUGUGCAUUCCUGACGACAUCGCUGACAGAGGCUUGGAACACGUGCCGAACUUCUUCUACCGAGAUGAUGGACUCCAGCUGUGGAACAUCAUCAAAAGGUUUGUGCAGGACGUUCUCCAGCACUACUACCACAAGGAUGAAGACGUCAGGAGUGACGGAGAGCUGCAGGCCUGGAUUAAAGAUAUAUUCAAACAUGGAUUUCUGAGUGAGAAAAAGAAUGGGGUUCCACAACAAUUUGACACUUUGAAGGAGCUGGUCAAGUUUGUUACCAUGGUGAUCUUCACCUGCAGUGCGCAACAUGCAGCAGUGAACUCUGGACAGUAUGACUUCUGUGGCUGGAUGCCCAACGCCCCCUGCACGAUGCAGACUCCCCCACCGACCAAGAAGGGGACAGUGACUGAAGCUACGAUCCUGAAUGCACUUCCUGACAUCAAGACCACCGUUCACAGUUUGGCUACCAUUUGGCUGCUCAGUAAAACAGGAUUUGAUGCACGCUACCUUGGUAACUACGUGGAGGAGCACUUCACCGAAGAGUUUCCUCGACAGAAGAUCAAGGCCUUUCAAGACGAGCUCAGCCAGUUGAGCAAAAAGAUUGAAAACAGGAACCAGAGUCUGGACGUGCCCUACAAAUACCUGGACCCAAGUCAGGUGGAGAACAGUGUGUCCCUUUAAAGGGCGGGGGGGGCUUUACCUAAUUAUGUGAUUCUCCUUUCUGCUUUUAUUUCUUAAUUGUUUGCAUAAUAAUUGAUGUUUUUGUGAAUCGACUGCAUUAGUCCAUGUUAACAUGAUCACUAUUUGGAACCUUUUAAAUUACUAAAUUCACAUAAGAUCAGUCAUAGAUGUUUAAUUAAAGGGGUCUGAAAAAAAUAUUGUAGUCAGAGUCCUGAGAAAAGGACCAACAUCAUCUUUACUUCAACUGCAAAUGGAAGCAAUUUUAAUCUAAUUUUUACUAAGUUGUAGGUCACUUCACAAGAGUUCACUACAUCCUCUCUUUCUGCUUCAGAAACGAGCCAUCAGAAUUAUACAUAAAGACGGUUAUCUUGAUCACACUAACAAUGUAUUUUAUCAAUCCAGAAUUUUAAAACUGUAUGAUCUUGUUGAUCUUUACACUGCACAGUUACUAUACAAAGCUAGUGGGAAAAAAACAUUACCGUACAAUAUCCAGAAACAGUUCUUAGAAAAUGAAGGAGGAACAAACUGAGAGGAUGCAGGAACUUCAAGGUCAGAUUGAUAAGAACCA